GGAUUUACAGAGUUCAAAGGAAAGUUGGAGAAAUUAGGUGUGCAGGAAGGAGCAGGAGAGAAGAGACAUCAAGACUUAAAUUUGGACACACUGGACUAAACUAAAUAGAUGGCGAUAAUGCACCAAACCGUUGUUUGCCAACCGCCAAUAAACCUCAAAGAAGAAGAAGAAUUGUAGGCGAAGAGAGCAUCCAGCCAUAUACUGUCUAUGAUCCAGCCUCCUCUCUCCAGCAUGGAAGACACCACUGAAAACGUGGACGUAGAAAGUGGAAAUACCUCAGACCCAGAGGAAGACAAUUGUUCAGAUAACGACUUUGAACCUUCAAAACUUGGAACGAAAGAAUAUUGGGAAGAUGCGUACCAAAAAGAACUUGAGACAUUCACAGACAUUGGGGAUGUUGGUGAGAUAUGGUUUGGUGAAGGAAGCAUGAGCCGUGUGCUGCGAUGGAUGGACAAAGCUAAUAUCCCAGAAAAUGCUGCCAUUCUUGACAUUGGCACUGGAAAUGGAGCCUUUUUAGUUGAACUGGCUAAACACGGAUACAGGAAUCUGACUGGUAUAGAUUAUUCGUCAGCGUCUGUAGAAUUGGCCAGAACUAUUCUGCACACGGAGGGUUUGACGGAUGUCACUGUGAAGGAGAUGGAUUUCCUUAACUGCCAUGGGGACCUAAAGGGUUUUGAUGUCUGCAUCGACAAAGGAACAUUCGAUGCAAUAAGCUUAAACCCAGACAACUCCAAGGAGGGCAAAAAAAUGUAUCUCAAAGUUUUAAAAGAUGCUCUAAAGGACAAAGGAUUCUUCGCUGUCACCUCCUGUAACUGGACAAAAGAGCAGCUGCUAGACAGGUUCAGUGAAGGAUUUGAUUUUGUACAGGAGUUGCCUACAACAAGUUUCCAAUUUGGAGGCAAGACGGGCAACAGUGUGACAGCACUCAUCUUCAAGCGAGUACAUUGAUUCACAUGUCCCCAGAGGAAAUUUUUAUUUUUUUGUCAUCAAUUCUGAAGUUUUAUAACAGGAAAUCAUACUUCCUGUGCAGACAUUUUCUACCAGACCUGAUUGUAUAGUAUUUGAUUUUUAAAGAUUUGUGUAAUGAAGCAGGCAUACAGUGUAACUGAUUGGAACAAUACUCUUGAAAUAAAUAAAUAUGUUUUGUUGCUGUCAUAUUAA